CAAUCAUCCACAUUCUACUUGUAUAAUCCAUUGCAACCCUUAGUUCAACCAAAAAUUAACAAUAUAAAUCCAACUCCAGCCAUGCAAGUAUACAUUGUCUUAUGUGCCUUUCAGCUCUUACAUUGUUAUGCAAUCUCAGCACAUCCAACUUUAUAUCCAAAAACUUUGGAAAAGAGAGGUGUUGAAGGUGCUGCUGUAGAUGCUCAACUUCACCACCUCCACAAGAGGAUGGAAGAGUCCUCUGCUGAACGUGCAAGGAAAUUAGAGCAGCAAUUUGCUGCCACACAGGCAAAAGAAAAUCAAUGGAAGCAGCAAGAAAUGUAUAAUCGUGAAGUUCGUAAACAAGAACUGGAAGCUGCAGUGAAUACAUUAAAUCCAUGGCAGAAGAACGAAUUAUCCAAGAUUGUCAACUCAAAAGGAGGCAAUCAAGGCUCAUCUAAAUAACUUGAUGGGAAUUUCAGAAAAAAAGAUAUGGAUUUAAAUUGAAAGCCAAAAGUCUAAAAACAAAUAUCAAAUAUGAUCAUAUAUUAGAUACAUUCAAUUUUACCAAUGCACAAAAUAGAAAUUGGAUAAAAUGUUUUAGAAACCAACUUUCAUAUUUUUGUCUAUCAAUCUUUUUUUUUGAAUACUAUGAUUCCUGCUUAAGUAGUGAUUCAUCAAAUCUCCAACUGUUUUUAUCUUUUCUUGCGUAUUCUUGAAGCUUCUUUGAUCAAUUUCCCUAGAUUGAAAAGUGUUCCCUUGGCACAAUCGCAUCAGUUAUUAAAUGUGCAUAGGCAAAGACACGAAGCCACAGAUUCCAUUCAUUUUUUGGUCAGAUAUGUAAGUAGCUCUAUUGGUAGAAUUGCAUAUCUUGUGCCAAAAAUACACCUUUUUUUUAUUGCUAUCCACUGUGUCAAUGGUGAUGACACCCAUUUUUACCAUGAAA